AUGACUGCUGUACUAAGAUCUACGAAUUUCUUAACCUUUAAGAUUCCUGAUAAUAAAAAAGCCCAUAGUUAUUUUAAAAACGUAGAGGCCAGGUACUGGCAAUUGAAGCAUUACCUAGGCUUUCGUUUGAAAACCGACGAAAUAAUCUUACCGUGGAAUACUGUAUAUGACGAUUGGAGACAAACACUCGCUUAUAUUUUCAAGGACUAUUAUAAAAUAGUUCCAAGCUCUGUAUCUGCUUUUUGUAAAGAUUUAUAUUAUAUUUGUGACACGUUUGAAGCACCGUCGUACGGGAAAAUUGUGAAAAUGUUUUCGGAACGUACAAUUUCGGAAGUUUUACGAAUGUCAAAUAAAAAGCGAUUAGUUGAAGCAGAAUCUUCCAGUGGAAAACGAGCUCGGCAUUUCACACCCGAAUCAGAAUUGUCCGAUUUAUGUAACAACCAAGAAGAAAACAUUGAUGAGUAUGAGACACGUUCACAGGAGAUGAACACAAUUUUAUCCAAUUUUCGAACAUACCAACAUGAAACCAGGAAUAUACUUUCGGAAAAUGGGAUAAUGGACUUGAGUCCGACAUCAGAAUUUAUGUUUCCAGAAGAAGCGCAUAAAUUUCUAACCAAUUUCUUUUCAGAGAAAUUGAACGAGGAUCAGUGGGAAGAGAAACUUGAAGGUUUGAUGGAAGUUAAAGGGAAUCCAGAAAGUUUUUGUCAGCAAUCCGGGGAGAAUUCAGGACAGGAUAAAUUUAUUAUAAUUUUAAAAAGAUUCUUGUUAGAAACAUUACCAAUAUUAGAAUCCGCUAAGGAUCGUGAAAUGGCAGAAGAUGAAUAUAUGAAUACCUUCGUUCAUCCCAUCUUAAAGAAAGCACUAUUCGAUUUUCUGGGAUCCGAUAUAGGUAACAAGGCUAUUAAAGCUUCUGCUUAUCGAAAAACUGUAAUGAAUCAAGAUGGUAAUGCAGAUCGUGCAGAUGGCAUUGCAUAUACAACGAAUCAGCAAAAUUCUUAUGAGAUCUCCGUUACUGAAGGCAGUAGACCAUAUGUUAUUGAAAUGAAUAAGGAAACAAAUGAUUUCAUCCAAAAUGCAAGAGCAGAGAAGGAUAUGAUCAACUUUGCAGUGACACGAGAAGUAUUGCAUAAACGGGCACUGCCAUCAUACUUUCGUACGUUCAUGGUUCAGGUUUUUGAGUUUAAUCUACGUUUUUAUUUCAUGGACUAUCUCGCACAGUAUUGUAUUUUUGAGAUUGAAACAUGUGAAAUACCUACGGAUGGAGAGAAACCCUUCAGUUUACUUCUUUUUACAGGGCAAUUGUUGACAUGGGCGUUAUUGGUUGGGAAAGCCGACAAAAAAUUUCAGGAAUCCAGAAAUAAAAGGAGUUCUCGUCUAAGCAACUGUAAUAACAUUCGAAAACUGGUAAAACUUUUACAUAAUAAUGCUCGGAAAGGCAAAAAAAAAGGAUAUGACGAUGACCAAGCUUAUCUGAGUGAUAUUAAAUUUUAUCAUUUCAUAGGAAAAUUCAUUGUACUUAAACAUUGA